CUAUAAAAAGAUACGAAAAUAUUGCACCAAAUUCCUAUAAAUAAUCAACCCAUUCUUCGCCAAACACUGCACCUCACAAACAACACAACACACACAAAAUGAAGUUAUCAUUUCUUAAUCUUUUUUGUGCCAUUUUAGCCACCACUCUUCUCACAUUAUCCCACGCCGACGACGACAACCAAAAACAGUUCCUUGAAGUGCACAACGCCGCCCGUACGCAAGUGGGUGCGCCACCCCUUAAAUGGAACACCACCCUUACGACGUUCGCGCAAAACUUCGCCGACAAAGUCAAGCAAACAUGUGAUAACACGGUGAAGUCCGGUGGCCCUUACGGUGAGAACACGGCCGCCGGGUACGGCGCUUUUACGACGGUUGAUGCGGUUAACCAGUGGGUGGGGGAGAAGCAGAACUAUGAUCAUAAUUCGAAUGUUUGUUUGAAGGGUAAAGAAUGUAAGCAUUAUAAACAGGUGGUUUGGAAGGAUAGUUUAUCUGUUGGGUGUGCUAGUAUCACUUGUGGCGCCGGUUGGCCUUUUGUUGUUUGUGAAUAUUAUCCACCUGGCAAUGUUCCCGGUAAAUUGCCUUAUUAAAACUCGGGUCGGACUCGGACUACAAUUACUUUGGCUCGGGUUACUCAUGAUCAACUCUACUUUAAAAUGUUUUUUCUUAGAAUGUGAUUUUAGUUAGUUUUGGAUCAUAUUGUAGUACUUCUCCUUAUGGAGUUAUUGGCCUUAUGGCAUGGGUUUCUAAUUAGAUGAAUUAUUAAUGAGAUUGAAUAAAAAAAAGGUUUUUAUUUCUGAA